CCUGAAACAUCGCAAUGGAAAAUCAUAUAAAUAAUGUAAAUUAAAGUACAGUCUAAAACCUAGAAGGCGUAGGGCAGUUUUAAAACAGAACUUGACACUAUGGCUGUACCAGCAGUAGGUAUAGACCUCGGCACCACGUACUCCUGUGUAGGCGUGUUCCAGCACAGCAAGGUGGAGAUCAUCGCCAACGAGCAGGGCAAUAGAACUACGCCUUCCUAUGUCGCAUUUAAUGAUACUGAGAGGCUCAUUGGAGAUGCUGCCAAGAAUCAGAUUGCAAUGAAUCCAAAAAAUACAGUUUUCGAUGCUAAGCGCUUAAUCGGUAGAAGAUUUGAUGACCCUAAAGUUCAGCAGGACUUGAAACACUGGCCGUUCCAAGUUGUAUCGGAGAACAGCAAGCCCAAAAUUAUUGUUGAAUACAAAGGGCAACAGCGAAAAUUUAGUCCUGAAGAAAUAUCGUCGAUGGUUUUAACAAAAAUGAAAGAAAUUGCUGAAACAUAUCUUGGCGGAACUGUAAAAGACGCUGUUAUAACAGUUCCAGCAUACUUUAACGAUUCGCAACGUCAAGCGACAAAAGACGCAGGAGUUAUUGCAGCAAUCAAUGUUUUAAGAAUCAUCAAUGAACCAACUGCUGCAGCACUAGCUUAUGGCCUAGAUAAAGAUCUGAAAGGAGAAAAAAACGUUCUCAUAUUUGACUUGGGCGGUGGAACAUUUGAUGUGUCUAUCCUUCAAAUAUCCGAAGGAUCCCUUUUUGAGGUUAGAUCUACAGCGGGCGAUACACAUCUAGGAGGCGAAGACUUUGAUUCCCGAAUGGUAGAUCAUUUCUGCCAAGAAUUCGAACGUAAAUAUAAGAAGAAAAUGUCUGAUAAUCCAAAAGCCUUGAGACGACUUCGAACAGCAUGCGAAAGAGCUAAACGCACGCUAUCAUCCAGCACGGAAGCUAGUUUAGAGGUAGAUGCUUUACAUGAAGGUAUAGAUUUCUUCUCUAAGGUAACAAGGGCGCGUUUUGAAGAAUUGUGUUCAGAUUUGUUUCGGCAAACUCUUGGACCAGUUGAAAGAGCACUUCAAGAUGCCAAUUUGAACACGAGGGAGAUUCAUGAUGUAGUGAUGGUUGGUGGUUCAACAAGGAUUCCAAAAGUUCAAAGGCUACUCCAGGAAUUCUUCAGUGGAAAACUCCUGAACCUAUCCAUCAAUCCUGAUGAAGCUGUCGCUUAUGGUGCAGCAGUUCAAGCAGCUAUACUCACGGGUUCUAAAGACGCUCGGAUUCAGGAUGUCCUUCUAGUAGAUGUUAUACCGCUGUCCCUGGGAAUAGAAACUGCAGGAGGAAUCAUGACGCGAUUAGUAGAAAGAAACACAAGAAUACCAAUUGCACAGAAGAAAAUAUUUAGCACAUACUCUGAUAAUCAACCUGCUGUCACAAUACAGGUAUUUGAAGGAGAACGAGCGAUGACAAAGGACAAUAAUUUAUUGGGCACCUUUAAUUUAACUGGUAUACCACCAGCCCCUAGAGGAAUUCCCCAAAUCGAGGUAACCUUUGAUAUAGAUGCGAAUGGUAUUCUUAGUGUAAAUGCAUAUGACACAUGCAGCGGGCGCUCGGAGAGAAUAACCAUAUCAAACGACAAAGGACGCCUAAACAAGAAGGAAAUCGAUAAAAUGCUUCAAGACGCCGAGAAGUUUAAAGCUGAUGACGAAGCUAUAAGAAAAAGGGUGGAGGUCAGAAAUCAGUUGGAAGCAUAUUUGUAUGGAUGUAAAAUGGCCGCAGAAAACUCUGGCAGUCGAUUAACAGACAGCGAUAAAAGCGCUGUUGUUACUGAAUGCACAAACCAGCUACAUUGGUUGGAAUUAAAUUCUGACGCAUCACAAGAAGAACUGGAGAUCCAUUUAAAAGCAGUUCAGGCUGUAUGUCAGUCACCCAUGAUGAAGCUGCAUGGAGCGAUACCAAGUGGUGGCCCCAGUUGUGCGAGGCCACCUAGUUCUGGGGGCCCGAGGGUUGAAGAAGUUGAUUAAAAACCUAACCUUAGACCAUAAACUUCCUUAUGUAGCUUAAACGUUGAUCGCAUAGUAUAUCUUAGCUUCAAUUUUCAUCUGUUUCAUGGAUUAGUUAUAAAAAAGGCUAGAUUAAGCCAAAAUAUAUCAAAAAAAUAUUUAAAUACCACAUUAACCACAGUUCAAUUAGUUCGCAUUCUUCUCCACUAAAUUAUUUGGAGGAUACUAUAUUACGAAAUGAGUAACAAAAUUAUUCAGUUAGGAGAUUAACUACUUGGUCCUUUUAUUUCAAUAAUAGGUUUAUUUUUAUUUUAUUCUUACAAUUUAUUUACCGCAGUGGUAAAAACAUUGUACGGAUUCGUGCGCUACUAUUAUGGUACUUACGCCAAUUUAAAUGUCAACUUGAAAUGCAGAGUUAAAUAAAUUUUCCUGUACCCACACCAAUCAGUAUAUUUAUAAGAACAGUAUAUAAUUGUUAUAUCAAAUUUACAACAGACCAUCUAACAUAUUGCCAUAAGUGCAUAUAUCAUUAAUAUAUUUCUGGAGCGUAAUUAUAUGCACGAUAAUACAAAAUAUUAUAUGUCAUUGUAUUUCGAUAUCUGUUUUAAAAAUAGAGGUACAUGAAAUUUAGGAACACUAAUAAAUUUGGUUCAAUUAAUAAAAUAAAUACAUGCAAUAUUAAACUGUUUUAUUCCAAAAAUAUAACAAUAUAUAUUACUAUGGUAUUUUUUUGGUACUUUAAUCAAAUGUAGGGUCCAUACAUUACCGGGCUUAAUU